AUGCCAUCGUUGCAUUCCUGUUGCUACUGCCUUCGAGUUUUCCCAACCGGUGGCGGGCUUCAUCAGCAUCAAUCUAAGAACAUUGAGUGCCGGAAUGUGCGCAAUGCUCAACUCAGCCAACUGGUUACACAGCACCCAAGCUUGACAGCCCAGCUACCAGACAGCGAAGCACCCAUGGACGUAGACCCACAACAUGCAGAACCCGCUGACAUGGAUGAAGUUCCUUCACCUUUUGACUGCCCUGAUGGAGUGGCUGAGGAUCCUGAGCCUGUCUGGCCUCAAUCAGUCACGGUGGAAGAUGUUAGCGAGGAGGAGGAGCUCGCACCUCACGAGUAUUGGAGCUCCCCAUUUCCGGAGUCCAAGGAGGCUGGAGCAACAUUUGGCAAGGCCCCAACCACGUUUGAGCUCAUCCGUGAUGACCAGAUUCUGCAGGGUGCAGAGGUCUUAGGACCAUUUGAGUCUGAAGAAGAAUGGCAAUUAGCAAAAUAG